GCAGCUGCAGUAUAAAAGACCGGAGCAGUGAGAACAGACACGGUGUGAACUGUCUAUCUGCAGCCGUGAACGAACUGCUGCGAUUUAACUUGCUGUAGCUGAACUUGUGCUGCUUUUUUCUCUGUGAGAGAGUCCAACAUGGUGCUGAAGGUGGUUCUCAGGCUCUCCUGGAUUUGCCUGCUGCUCUGCGGCUCUGGGUUCAGCUACCCCUUCCCAACGAACGUUCAAACAGGCACUGGUGGAGGCUCCACUGGAGGUGGAGACUCUGUACUGGGUACCUACUACGGUGGAGGCCCUAGUUACUUCUAUGGGACUGGUGGAGCUGGAUAUGGCUCUACUGCAGGAGGUGGAGGUUCCGGUGGUAAAGGCUCCGGCUCCCGGGGUUCUGGCAGUGCGGGAUCUGAUACAGACGACAGUGCUGGUCCCGGAUUCCCGGUGUUCCAGGCCUUUCCGUGGGGCCACAAGUUUCAUGUGGUCCCUCAGGUCUUCAACCUGAACGACCUGACACUGCCGGAGUUCCUCGAUAACCCCUGGGAUGGCAACGACGUGCCGCUGGGGUCGGUGGACGUGCCUCUCGUGCCGCCCUCGUCCCACAUCGUCCAGACCAGCAAUGGAUACCAGCGUGCCAGAUCCGUCCUGGCCCACUCCAAGUACUCUCCCGACGACUGGGAUGUGCUGCCGCUUCCUUCUGGAGAGGACGACGAAUUCCCCAUCAAGGGCCAAUAG